UCUCGAACGAAGAAGCAGCAAGCAGUGGAUUUUUUCCUAUUUUCUUAAGAUUUCGCUCCAAUUUGCAAGAUUUAACAAAAUAAGAAGGUCUAAAGUAGUAAUUAAAGUGCUUAAAGUGCAAGUUCCUUAAGGGAAACAGACAUUUAAGGCAGUCAAAAUGUGGCCACAAGCAUUGCAAAUGACCAGGGACGAAUGUCGAGGCAUAUUACGGAGACUUGAGCUGGAAUCUUAUUCUCAAGUUAUAAGUGUGUUUCGCGCUCAGGGAGGUCUGAGUGAUGCCAAGGCCAAACUGUUAGAGGAAUUGCGUGGUAUAUUUCACAUAUCUAAUGAGCGCCAUCGUGCAGAAGCCCGACGUGUUGCAAAUGAUGAACAAUUGGCAACGAUAGCAGAAGCUAUAUCUGGACCUAACACCUGGCAAGAAUGGUCACGUGAAGGUAGACGUCCUUACCCUAUGCUGCCGCGUGUGGCGCCUCAUACAGCCUUAGCAUUGAUUGCCAACAAUAUAGCAGAGGAUGCAACUAAUGAGAAUGCUAAACUUCCAUAUCCUGCCGAAACUGGCGAUGCUGUUAAAGAAGAAAAUAACGCUGAAAGAGAAAGAACAAUUGAUUCUUUAGAUCGCAAUAAUUAUGUUGUAACCAGUGAUCCGUUUAAAGUGCCAAAAAUACCUGCAGGCACUAAGAAAAAUCUAAAGCGCAAUAUAAAUGAUCAGAAUCAGGGAGGUGGCACUGGUUCUGGCAAAAAGCGUGCAACAAGCGAAAAUUCUCCUCAAAAGAAUCAUCAAAAUUCGAAUAGGCAACAUUAUCCCCAUAUAACUGCGAACUCACCCCAAAUGAAUAGCGCAUCCACGGCGUCAAGUGGUAGCGAGCAGAAGAAACAGCUACAACAGCAGGUUGCUGCACAGCAACAGAAUAAUCAACACUUGCAAAAACAGCGAUAUUUUCAUCAUCAACAGCAAUUGACGAAGCAGAAGAUGGCUAAAAAGGCUGCAGCAGCUGCAUCUGCCCACAACAAUGCAACAUCAUCAGCUUCGCAUAAGAGACAGGCUACACCUGCUAAAAGCGGUAGGAGGGCGAAUCAAAAGCUACUGAUGGAACAACAGCAAAUGACUCUAAAACAAAUGCAAAUCGCUGAACAACAGGUGCAAACGCAAUCUGUAGCACAUGGGGGUAGUGGGCUACAUAUUGAUCUUACAUCACAGCCGGUGACAAAUUUGACACAACAGCAAAAUGAUUUACAAUUUUUGGCUUACUCGACACAAAAUGUGCCACCACAACAAAUUUUAAUGGAUGAACAAAGUGCCCAUGGAGGUCAAUUGCAUGUGCUGGCCUCAGCCACCAAUCAACAACAACAGUCUUUGCCAACAUCUCUAAUAACUCCUUUAACACCCACGUCCGCAUCGGCUUCCACAAUAUCCCCUCAAAUUGCAGCUUCUAAACGUGAUAUUUCGAAGAAUCUUAACAAAUUACAACAAUUGCAACAGAACCAACAUCAGUCAACCCAUCCCGGCACACCUUCAUUUAUACCCUCGCCCGACAUGCACACUAGUAUAGGCUCAAUUAUCUCUUCUUCGUCGCCUGUGGUUAAAUCUACCGAAAAAUCUCUGAUCUCUACCACUCCAGUGCAAAAGUACAUCGUCGAGGAGCGUCAACCGAGCGUUAAUACCACUCCGGGCUCUAUUGUGAGCCUUCAAAAUCACCCGCUAAGUUCAGGCAAUGCCAAUACAUCUGCUACUCAUGUUAUACAGGUUUCGAAUGCUUCGGGGCAACAGCCACAAAUUAUGUCUUUACCACAAUAUUCGGCAGCAGCUUCAAAACUCCGAGCUGUCAAUACCACCUUAAUAGCUCCAGGUGCUAAAAUUUCUCCCACCACCAACAAAAAGAUCACUACAAUAACAUCACCGCUGUCUCCCAUUAACGCGGGCGCUCUACAUGAACUGGCGAAUGUUGCCAGUACUCAAAGUCAAGUUUUACACAUUGUUGAGACAUCGCAAGGUAACAACAAUCCCACUAACAGUGCUACGUUUACCUCUUCGCUGCACACACCACCGGCGGUUAUACAAAUACAGAAUAACUCGCAAGGUGCCAGUCACGGCAACGUUUCGACAAGCGACAUGUCUUCAUCAGCGUCAUCAACACAGAGUAAAGUUUUAACAGCAACAAUUUUGCCUUUAGUUUUGCCCGGCUCUGGAAAUAACAACCAGAAUUCUGUCGGUAGUUCAAAUAUUAACAAUGCACCUAUUGUAAUUGGAUCAACAUCCAGCACAACUGGAAGUGUCGGCAUAACAUCAAUGGCAACCUCCUUAUCGUCUACAACGACAUCCGGGAGUGCUUCCGUCAUUAAAAGUUUUCCCUCAACUAUGGUUUUGAAUACGAAUACAACCACUUUAACACCAGUAACAGUUACGGGCACUAUUCUCUCCACGCUGGGCGCCGGAGGAACUAUGUUCCGUAAACCGCAAAAUAUUAUUAAAAACUCUCUUGCAUCGGUCACCACCGCAUCCAAAUCAACAACUGUCGUUUCGGCCGCAGCUCAUGUACUCAGCAAUGUGAAACUGACCUCCAAGAGUAUAACAACAUCCACCGCAGGAACAUCCCUAUGCUCAACAAACACAACAUUUAAAAAUAUUUUACCCUCCUCAACUUUAGUAAGAACCAAUAUAAAAAUUUGUCCAUCCCCAAACGGGAAAGUUCUAAUUCAACCCGCUGAUGGACAAAAGAUAAAAUUGAACACAUCCACAUUGCCGCAUAAGCUAAUUUCCACUGCUAAUCCAACAUCAGCAACGGCAACUGCAGUGGGAGGUGUUGGCGGGGGACAGCGCAUUGCAAUACAAAAAGUACAAAUUAUCCCCGCUCCAAUGGGCUCACCUGUCGGUGCUUCAAAUAUCCAAUCAGCAGGAAAUACGAUUAACGCUAAAACCCCUACGUUAGCUGGGAAAAGCAAUGUGGUCUUUAUGUCUUCAUCGGCGGCCUCGAAUGUUAGACCAGUUACACUCUCGAAAACAGGUAACAAUAUACUUCUCAAAUCGACGGCAAAUACCCAGCUUCAGUCCAAUUCAUCGGAUAGUGCGUCAAAAGCGAACAUUGUUGUUUUGGGGCAGUCAAUAUCGGGACAAAACACUCCACUGAAGAUGGCACUUAAUCAAAAACUUGAAUUGAGCAAUUCUUUCAUUAACGAAGAUGCUCCUUUGGAUAUCCUAAACAUGCCCAUUGUCAUGGAUACGGGCGUAGGUGUUUGUCCGUCGGAAACAGUAACAGUAUUACCGGGCAACAUCAUUGAAAGCAAUAAUUGUAAUACAAACACAUCUGCCACUCCCAUUAUAGUUGAACAGAAUCCUCAAACUUCGUCGACGACACCACAAACCGUUAUUUUGGGCGCCACCGAUUGGGAAAUGGAAUUGGAUCAAGCAAUAACAACUGCAGCAAAUAACAGUAGUACGAUGCAGUACCAAAAGUCCACUACCCAUCGACCAAAGAGGACUAUAUCAACUUCUUCAUCCAGUUCAUCUUUAUCAAUGAGUUCUUCGACACCGACUAACAGUAGCAGUAAGCAGAAACGUUUGAACAGUGACUUGGUAUCGAUUGAACUGAAAACGAGUCGCCCAACUUCUACUCAGCAAGCUAAUGCCAGUAACAUCAUUGUUGUUGAUAGCUUCGACGAUGUUAUAGUGGAGGAGCAUGAAGAUGACAUGUCGUCUUCUAACAUUGAACAGAUUUCAAUCAGCUCGGAUGCUGUUGGCGGGCACAGUGAAGGCCAGCCAAAAAUAUUAGACAUGCAAAUAUACCAACAACACGAUGGAAUCGAUGGAAAUAAAUCUCAAAUAGCCAUUGUGGGUAGUCAGCAAUCACAGCAAUUAUUGGAAGAUACGGAAGAUACACAACAGCAAACUCAAUCGACAAUGGUGGAACCUCAACGCCAAGAGCGGCAACGUCCUCAACAGGCAGAAUGUGAAGAUGAUGCUGGAUUUGAUGAAACUAUAGUUUCAGAAAUCGAUGAAAAUACCGCUAUAGAAUAUAUAGAAGAGGAUGGUGUUGUUGUUGCAUCCACUAUCACAUCAAAUUUGACAACAACAACAACGAGUACUACAGUUGCAAUUGCGGAUAGAGAAUCCGCCAGCGAAUCAACAAUUUUAACAAAAGCCCUUACAGGUGGGGUCAAAAUCGCUUCGAAUACAUCCUCAAAUAGCAAUCAUUUGGAGGCAGAAAACACAGCGACUAAACCAACGGCGCCCAUGAGGUCCAGAUCCAGGUCCAGGUCCAUGGAAGAUGAUACAACUGACCAGUCAUCAAUGUCUGCAUCCCAUAAUCAAAACCAACACCAGCAUGAAACAAAGGCCAACAACAGUGGUACAUAGGUUGAACCUUUCAAAUGUUUAGCUAUAACUUUGCUUUAAGAUACACUAAUUGUAAUUUAUUAAGGUUUGUUUUGUUUUCCCUACACUUUUGUUGUCAUAACGAAUAGAAAAAGGAAAGGCUUCAUUGUAUAAUGUAUAACAUUUUACAUUUUACAUCUACAUCUGUAAAUCAUGGAUCACAAAUCGACGAGUAACAAGAAACAUAACGCACAUACAUUCAUACUACAUUUUUAUUAACAUCUGUCAUCAAUCACCACAUUGUUGAAUAUGCACCCCUCUAUCGUAUCUAAUGUGUUGUGUCGAACACUUUCGGCUUGAUUUUAAUUUAGUUUAGGUUUUUUUUAAGAAUUUUUAAACUUUACAAAAGUUUGUAUAUACGUUGUUUAAAUUUUACAAAAUAUUGUAGUUUGAAAUAAUUUUGUUCAUUUUUUAAAUUAAAUUCGAAAGUUAUAUAGUUCUGAAUUUCUAUUCGUUGCUCUGUGCGCUUAUUUGAUAAGUGACAGUGUCAGGAAUGGUCAUUCAUAAAUGUUUUUUUUUUUUUGAGAAAUUUCCUUUUCUUACCCACGCAAAAGAAAUAAGAAAACAUCAACAAUCGCUAUAAAAGAUCAGAAAUGAUUGUGAAAACAAAACAAAAUCGAGAUUAUAGGUUAGUAGAAUAGAAGUUAUUUGCCCUCGAUGUAAGUAUGUAUAGACGAAACCCUAGAUAUACAAACAUAAAAUGGUUUGUAGGAAUUUCUUCUUUAAAAAUGUAGUAGUAAAAUCUUUAGCAUAUAACACUGUUGGUUGGCAUUAUCAUCUCUUAUUAUACACAAAAAAACCCCUAAUAUAAAUUAAAUUUAUAUAAACCAUUUAUUGGAGUUUUUGUUUUCAUUUGAUUUUUAAUAAAUAAAAAGAAAUACUUUGAAGUUUAACAAAGAACCUCUUUUUUUUGUUUGUUAAAAUGCCUUCACACUAUCGUUUUUGAAAUUUUCACGUGAGCUGAACUGUGACAUUAGUUAGUUAUUCAUAAACAUGUUCUUUGAUUUCGUUUUUUGCAAACAGCUGCAAUAUUUCUAAGUUUUCUUUUUCGACGUCGGAGGAUGUGAUGCAUGAUAAAGAAACAAAAACUAUACACCUCACCAUUUAAACAAACGAAAAAUCUGUAUGCAAAGUAUUGUAUAUGUAUGGCCACAAAUGAUAUCCAAUUUGUUUUAUGAAAUUUAAUGUGUAGGUUUUGUUUUUAGCUAAUGAUCAUAAUUAAAAGCAA